CGUUUAACAUACAAUUAAACUUAGGUAAUGUAACUAACGUUAAGAUGUUUUAACUUACCAUUUGUAUGUGACAUGAACCUAAUCAACGACAAUUCCCAUCAAGUUUUCACGGCUACACUUCGGAAGAAAGUAUAUUCCUCCAUUAUGAACUGGAAUCAGCCGUGGAGGAUGUCUGUGUCGUUCAUUCCUCCCAGCUGCAUGGCUGAGACUCAUAGCUUCACAGCUUACCCAGGAAUACUUUCUAAUUUGAAUAAAACUUGCGCGAUAGCUAUGCUCAUCUCAUCUGUGGAUGCCGUCAUGUUGUUCGUUGCGUCACACCUCAACCCGCCUCAAAGCCAACGCUGAUUGGACGUUUGUUUGGUGAACUGCUCCAAAUUCUCUUUAACGAAAAGUUGCCAGACUGAUCUGCGAGUGAAACCCUGAAGCUCGCAAGAUCAGGAUGGUCUCCUAGGUCCCCGGACGUGUGUGUGUGUGUGUGUGUGUUUGUGUGUGUGUGUGUGUGUGUUUGUGUGUGUGUGUUUUAUUUUACCUAGAUUGAGGAGAAGAAAUUUACAGUGAAGGGGUCCACCGAGACAUAUGUAGUGGACAUGGAGUUGGAGCUCUGCUCAUGCCUUAUAGGGCAGACAGGUGCACCCUGCAAACACCAGGCUGCAGUGGCCAAGACCUACAACUGUCUGUCCAACUCCUUUCUCCCUUCAACAGCCGAGUCAAGGGCAGAGAUGCUGAAAUUAACAUCAGGAGAAACAGUGUCUUUGGAGUUUCUGCAACCCUUGAAAAUACCAUCAUAGUCACACAAGGCCACUUCAGAACCAAGCAAUGGUCCUAUGCAACAACUGUCAGAGUCUGGACUGACAUUACAGCAGCCCCAGACCUCUAGUGCUGAUGCUGAUUGGCUACAAGAGGACAUCACACAGUCACCAGACAUGUCUCUUGUGGAGGACAUGUUCAAUGACCUCAAGAGCCAGAGCCAGGACCCCAUAUUUGCUGUAGGGUUGAGGGCAAUGGCCAAGCAAUUGAAGGCCAAUCCCUCCAAACUGCUCUCAGCCCUGCACAGUUUUGGGAAGUCAGACAGUCUGGCAAGCAGGAGAGCUGCCACAUUGAGACGGGCUGCCAGGCGUCAAGGCCCCAUGAUUGGUUGCCAACCCACUGCUGUCGCAAGGAGAAAGGGGGGUACAGGCUCAAGGAGGCGCCAAUCAGCUGGGCGUCCUAAGAGCCACAAUUUAAGCAUUUCUGUGGCUUCCAAUGUUUCUCAUGCAAAAAAGCACUAAUGACUGCCCCCGCCCCCACCCCUCCAGAGGCAGAGUCUUUACUUUUAAGAUGAAGAAAUAAAGAAAGCCUUCUCUGCCUCACAGAGGACUUGCUGGGGGUUCGUGGGCAUCAAGAUCCCUGUGGAACUAGAUUCUAAAGUGUUUCCCCUAGAAAUGUUUCCAGUAGCAGUGCUGUUACGUGCCAGAAGUUGUAAUCAAGCCAUGGUGUUUCUAUUCCAUCAACCCAGCGAAUAGAUCUACAGUGGAGGAGACAAACACAUCUGUCUUCAUAUGUACCCCAGAGUUCUCACCCCAAUUCUGAUGUCAUGAUGUCUGAUUAUUGACUAAGCUCAAUGGAAAACAAAAAACCUUAUGACAGGAGUCCACCUCUGAGGCUGAAAUGUGUGGCAACGAGAUCAAGGCCCUUGGCAAAAUCGUUCAUCUUCGGGGAAGCAGUGGGGGCGGAAUGGUCGUCUCUCAACUACUGUAUGCUGACCGAUGACACGCAGGCAUACUACAACGACAACACAGUGUGCUACAAGUCUUACGAGAUGGCUGUGAGUCCCGAGAUCCUCGACCAAGCUGCCAAACUACUGCUUCCCCCCUCCAAACCUGUCAAAGCAGCAGAGAUAAACACGUCAGCAUCUCAGUACCUGACUGUCGAAGGACAGGUUAUCUCAGUCGGUGCAAUUCGCCAAGUACGCCUGAAGGAUGUCCCAAUACCCAUCCUCGAGCUAUAUUUGCAGGACGCAGACGUAGAGCUCGCUGUUUCCUUGUGGAGAGAGAUGGCGUUAUCAACGAUUGUUGUUGGUGAUUGGGUCAGGAUUUCGCACCUGAGGAAGCCCACCAACACUGCCUACGGGUUUAAAUUAAAUACCUCCACAUUUACAACAGUUACAAAAAUACAAUCAGAAGUCUCCACUGUGGAGGUGACACUGAUUGGGGCCGAGGUGGGGGAGACUGGUGCCAAAGUGUUAAUGGACACAGGGUUGGAGCUGCAAGUCCCACUGACAGAUUGGAGGGGGACAGAGCAGGAGUUUUUGGAGAGGCUCCCCCUCAAGCUGACUCUGGACAUCAUGGGGGAUUUCAUCACAUCUGCCCAUAAGCUUUUUGAGGAGGUGUGGGAACAGGGGGAGGCCGAAGACCUCGGCGUGGAUGCAGAGGAAGGGCUGGAGGGGCUGGAGGAUUUCUAAUUGCUUUUUGUUUUUUGCUUGUUAUUUGUUGACAUUAGCUUAGUUCUAUGUGUUCUGUUUGUUAUAUUUAUAUUGUAUCUAUAUAUGUUUGUUGAUAUUCUUACUUAAUAAAUUACAUACAUUUUCA